AUGCUCGACAGCCCGCUGAACAUCAUUAAUAUUCGAGAUGUGCCGAUCCUCUCGUUAGCAAUGAGAGCUGACCAAGUUGAAGGAACAGCGGAAGAAUCGGAAAUUCGCGACGAGCUACACCAGAUGUUGCUCCAUUUUUUCACAUCUACUUCGUUCCCGUAUAAAGCCCGGACUCAAGCCCCAUUCCGAAAAAGGACUCAAGCCCCAUUCCGAAAAAAUGCAAUUCCACUCGUUAAUCAGAAUGAACGAAACGUGAAGCACUUUGGCAAGUUCUUCGAGGAGUUGAUGUUGCUGCUUCGUGGAAGCGUUGGCCCAAAGACAGAUCCUGAGCAGCAGGACAAAUGCCACGAAUCACUAGUUCUUCACUUCGAUCAGUUUUGUUUUCCCCUAAGAGAAGCAAUCCCUUUGCGUUUGGCUUCCUCAAAGAGAUUUCACGCACUUUGCCUCAACCUCAGCCCACAGCUGCUGGGUACGGCUAUGAAGGAGAUGGAACGAUUUUGCGCCACGAACACGGUUGUCAGGCAGCUUCAGGAUGUGGAAUAG